UUUUGCACGGUCUCGAACCAAGUCCUGCCUGUAGAAACAGUUCUUCUCACUCUAAAUGCUCUCGGCUUGGAAUUCAAAAUUAAAAAAGUUCAAAUUUCAAAAUUCGAGCAGAAAUCCGAAGAGUUCCGUAAAAAAAAUCCAUUGCAAUUGGUACCUGUUUUGGAGGACGAGGAUAAAUUCUUAGCUGAUAGCCAUGCGAUUUCGGCCUAUCUAGUGCGAAAGUAUGCCAAAGAUGACAGCUUAUAUCCGAAGGACUUCAAGCAACGUGCCCUGGUCGAUCAUCGUCUCUUUUUCGAUUCGGGAGUGCUGUUCGCUGCUUUAAAUAGUAUUACCAUUGGAGUAUUCCAAAAGAGUGAUCCCACAAUUCCCCAAGACAAACACGAUUCCGUCAUUAGUGGUUAUGAAAUUUUGGACAAAUUUCUAGAAAACAACAACUAUGUAGCUGGAGAGAAUGUGACAAUUGCGGAUUUUAGUCUUUUAGCCACUGUCUCCAGCUUGGAUUGCUUAAUACCAAUCGAUGGGAAGAAAUUUGCUAAAUUGAUGGCAUGGAAGGAACUCAUGACAAAGUUGCCCUACUACGAGAGAGGCAAUGAAUUGGGAUUAGCGUUAUUUGCUAAAAAAUGUGAAACUGCUUUAAAAAAAGAAUAAAA